GAACUGGAGGCUAUGAAACAACGUGUUAAGGAAAUGGAAAAUGAGGCAGCUAAACUUCGUGACAUGCAAGCCGAAGUUGAAAAGUCAAUGCAUCCUGAAGAAGAUAAAGAAGCAGUUGACAGUCGUUCAAUUUAUGUUGGCAAUGUUGAUUACGGUGCUUCACCUGAAGAAUUACAGGCUCACUUUCAAUCUUGUGGUACUAUAAAUAGAGUUACUAUUCUUUGUGAUAAAUUUACUGGACAUCCUAAAGGAUAUGCAUACGUGGAAUUUGCUGAACCAAGUUUUGUUAAUGCAGCUGUUGCCUUGGACAAUAGUUUAUUCAGAGCUCGCUUAUUAAAAGUGAGUCCAAAGCGUACGAAUGUUCCUGGUUUCUCUGCGCGUGGUCGAGGCAGAGGUCGUGGUGGAGCUUUCAGAGGAGGCUAUAUGCCAUACUAUGGUCAUUCACCAGUGUAUGGUUAUCGUGGACGAGGGUAA